UCGAUUUAAACCUGUUAAAGAUACAAGCGUUUGAUGUAAAGCGCUUUGAUGGGAAAAAGAUUUACAGUACGUUUUUGGAUUAUGAAUUUGUUGUUACGUCGGCAACGAUUAUUAAAUCUCAAGGAAUUCCAGUCAAAAAAGUUGCGACGUUUAAAGAAAUGGAUUCAGGAGGGACUUAUAGUUAGUUAUGCGAUAAUUCAAGUUAAAUUAUUACUUUUAGGUUUUAAUUGUGUGCUGGCCUCUACUUUUUUUAAUAUUGAAGAGAAUUUCUGUGCAAUUAUUGCGGAUGAUGACAACAAGCGGGCAGAUCUUAAUGUGUUAGGGAAUAAAGAAAAAGACAAAUUCAUCGAGUUUGCACCUGGUGAGGAGAUUGAAAUCAAAAAAGGCUUUGUUGUGAUUGAAGGUAAAAUCAAUGCAUGCAUGUAA